GGGUGAAGGGCUACAGUCUGAGCCAUGAAGAAGAUCUUCAAGGGUCACUCACCCUGGGGCUUCCUGGGCUUUAGGCAGGAGAAUCAAGAACUGCCCUGGUACCUUACUGGGUACACACCUGUCAAAAAGAUCCACAAAGCUGCAAGCGUUGGGGACAUAACCCAAGUGCAAAGGAUGCUCGAGUUUGGAGAUGUUAAUGUGAACAUUACAGACCGGAAGAAGAGGACGGCUCUACAUUAUGCCUGUGCUCAUGGCCAGUCAGAAAUGGUGAACCUCUUGCUAUGGUAUGACUGCAACAUCGAAGCCCGAGACCGUGAUGAAAGUACAGCUCUGAUCAAGGCAACACAGCGCCAGCACAAGGAAUGUGUAAAGAUUCUACUGGAAAAUGGUGCUGACCCAAAUGCCAUUGAUGCAAAUCAUAAUGCUGCUCUCCACUACGCAGUCUACAAUAACUCCAUCUCCAUAGCUGCCACACUCCUGGCAUUCAAUGCAGACACUGAAAUUAAGACAAAGAAUGGCUACACACCACUUAUACUUGCGGUGAUAGAAAACAAGCAGGAGAUGGUAGAACUGUUAUUACAGGCUGCGGCCAAUAUAAAUGCCCUGGAUAACUUCAAGAGGUCCGCCCUCAUGCAUGCUAUGAGAGCUCAGUCUAAAAAUAUGAUCAGCCUUCUUCUUCAGCAAGGUGCUGAUACUUCUUUGGGGAAUGUCUACAGAGCGACUGCACAAAGACACACUGAUUUUGAAACCUUUCAAGUGUUUUCCCAAGGUCCCAGUUCCAAUAAUCUUGAGCCCACAACAGGAGAGGGCAGACAUAAUUUUGACAUCAAGGAUGACUGCAUACCAUGUACAUAUCCCACCCAGGACAACAAAGAAAGAAUGGCACAAUUGCCAGCAAAGGAAGAGGAAAGCAUAGACACAGUUGACAAGCUGGGGAGCCUCGCCCACGAAUUUAGAAAUCCCAAGCCCACAACAGAAGAAGAUGAACAUAGCUUCAACUCAAAGACUUCUGUGGCCCAGUCGCCCAUGCUCACUGAAUCCAGCCUCUGGAUUGGGUAUCCAGCAGAUUGGCCGGAACCUGUUAAAUUCUCCAGGCAACCAGCAGUCUACAACCCAAUCGAAUGGAGGGAAGACAUGGAAUCCCGGUCUGUUCCUCUACAGGAAAAUCAACAUCCAGCUGCAGUCUUAUCGGGAAAGGAGGCAAACGUACAGACCCCAGAGCGUCCAGCCAGGGUUUCCAAGGAACCUGGUGCUACUGAUUCUGAUCCUACAGAAAAAGAGAAUGCUAAGGAUGAACUGGUGUCACUUUUAGCUCCACUGGAGGAAAACAAACCACAGAUGAAAGAAUUUUCAGUAGCUGAAGCUGCCAAGUUCCAGACAGAUGUCAAGCUGGAUGGACAAAGUGUUUUAGAAUAUGAAGAAAAUGGACUUAAAACUUGUCAAGAAAGCAAUCUAGAAGCAGCUGAAAGUUCUAAAUCCUGCUCUAUACUAAGGUUCUUCACCAAACCUGAUCGUAGUGAUGCUGAGCCCACAGCAAGAAAGGACGAAUAUAAUUUUGACACAAAGGCCAAGGAUAAGUUAGAGAAACAUUCCUUGCCUCAGAGAGCAUCCCAGCAUCCAGGCAAGCAGACAAGCGCUCCCCCUUUACAACUCCAAGAGCAAGGGCAGGAGCCAGAGAUGAGCACAUCUUCUGAUGGAGAAAAUAUGGCCAAACAUUCAAGAUCUGCUAAGGGGCAAGUGCUCAGGGGAGCGUUGAUAGGAGACAAACUGAAGGGUAAAGACGCUCUGCAACUUGUUGUAAACAAGCUAAGCCAGAAGGUUGGUGAUGUUUGUGAACCUGUCAAAAGCUAUGUUCACCAAGAGGAAGAGCGAUCACGUGAUGACUGUACAGGAAAACCACCCCUCAGGUUGGCCUCCCCUAAACUGGCCGGUGAUGUGCUUGAUUGUGAGGACAGAGAUGGGGCUGCAGCGCUGGUGUCUGAAGCACCGCAGACCUUUCCCGAACAGAAGGAAGGUGGCCUUGGAAACGUCUUUCCAUGUCCCUGGUCCUCUCAGGUUGUGGAAAACAGUGGCCAGUCAAUCUCUAAAUUUCCCUUAAGGAAGAAUAAAUUAGACUAUGAAGGUAACAAGUUUGAAAUAGAGGAAUCCCUUCAUAUAUGCAAGGAGAAAUCUUCUAAAAAUACAGAAAGUAAAAAGAUAAGAUGUAGAUGCCCAGAAGUGUGUCUGGGUGAAAAGCAAGAAGGCUGUGAGUUCAAGAGCAAGUUGAAAAAAUCUACAGAACCAAAACACAUGGACUGGCCGUUAGAUAUCAGAUACAUGCCGAAGUUCAGUGAGUCCAGAGGGCUUUCGGAUGCCAAAGAAAGAAAUCACGUGAGUGAAUUAAAAAGUUGGGGUGAUUCUACCCUUUGCGACACUUACAAGAAAAUUAAAGGCACACAGAAGCCACUCCACAGCUGCUGCGAAGCUCCCGUACAUACCGUGGGAACCAUCAGUGCCACGCCGCCUGGUGGCAGGACAGCAAGCAAUUUUGCGGAUGAAGAUUUUCAGGACAGGCUGUCCGACACUGAGUUCCGCAUAUUAGAGGAAGAGAUCCUGGCUUGGGAGAAAGUCCACCUAGAAAACGAGAGUGUCUGUGAGAAUCUUCCAAACAAGUAUGAGGGAUUUUCAUCUGAUGCCACAGAUCUAAAGGGGAAAUACAGAGAAAAUGAACACACAGGAGAAUUGGACUCUGAGGUGACAACCCAGUCAGAACAAAAGAGUCUUGAUGGCAGUGAAAAUAACCAGCUACAAUCAGGUCAAUCCCAGGGCGUUUCCGUGUCAGUGAGCACCUUCACAUGUUUUGAUACCCCGGUAUCGAAUAACAUUUCUCCUUGCCUCAAACUUACUUCAAAGGUUGAAGAAAUGAGCAAGCAGUGGCCGAGUCCAGAAGUGGAAGUCUCAGAGAGCCUGUGUCUUACCGUCACUGACUGCAAUGACAAUGGGUGGAUUGUCAAAAGGAAAGGAGGAAGGACCAAGAAGCUGUUCCCUUCUGAGGACAAAGAUGAGCUUGCUAAGAGUGCACCUGACACAUGUAUGAAAGAAAUAAGGAAAACUGAAAGGGAAGCAUGGACCCCCAGACAAGCUGUGAUCACACCAGUGUUUGAGAAGUCCCUUCCAGAAGCUGCUGGCCUGCUGCUGGUGAAGGAUGGCCACCAUCUGAGUAAAAUGGGUCAGGCUGAAAGAAGGCUUACAAAGAGACAAGUUACAGAAAAGCACAAGGCUGCCAAAAAGAGUAACCCGGGAAGCCACUCCUCCAUGAAGGUAAUGGAGACUGAUGCUGAGAAGGAAGGGGGUAUAGUAGCUGCAGAUUUUCAGAUGCCUUCCUGCAGGCGUCCUGUCAGUGUGCUGUUGAAGGGGUCCCGGCAGAUCUGCGGCGUUCUGCCACGCUGCUCUCAUCCCUCCUGUGUGCUGUCCUGUGGUCUCCGCAAGCCACAGUCUUACCAGAUUCACCUCCCUCGCCAGAAUUCUGGUAGCCUGCUGAAACUUUGGGAUAUAGUGCAUUCAUAUGAAAGACAAAUGGAGCUUAAAAACAGUCACUAUGAACUACUUACAAGAAAACUUGAAAACAUGGAAAAUAUGGCCAGUGGUAUACAGAGAGAACAGACAGAAAUUAAUAAAAUAAAACCCUGGUUACAGAAUAAAAGAGUAGACUUGGAAGAACUCUGCACUUUGAGAUUCCCCUUAAAACAAGGUGAGAAGCAAGAAAAUGCUGAGUCUACGUUUCAACAAAAGAUGCAGCUGAGCAGGAAAGAGGAGCUGUGUGAUGAAAAUGCAGAAUGGACUCAACACCCAGAAAACAGGACUGCGAAUAUGGAUGUAAAGGUCCUAGAAAAUGGUUUGAGACAGUUAUAUAAGCUGAAAGAAGAUUUGGAAACUACAUAUUACAAAUAUCUACACAUGGUUGUCAAACUUCAGUUUAUGGAGCAAGAGCUGAUAGUGAUAAAAACAGAACACAAGAAGCGUGGACACCUACUCAAGGACCAUACACACUCAGAGGAAGUUCUUCCCUGCAGAAACCAGAUGCGAGAGUGUGCGACCCAAGCAAGAGACCAAAACAACACUGAGGACUUAAGAGACACUAAUGAAUUUGUAACGUUAGACCAGAUGGAACUCCGAAUUAAAAACUUGGAAUCCCAGCUAGCCAUGAGGGAAGCUCAGCAAAGUCUCCAUGAAGGAGGAGUGCUAAAACCCGAGCACUGCUAUGCAGAAGAGAGCAGCAUGAUGCCGCCAUUGAGAGCGGAGCUGAGCGAGCAAGCCAAACAGAGUCCUAGGAAAUAG